AUGGCACCACCAUCAGAAUUCAACACCGGUGUGCCCGGCCUCGAAUACUUCACACCCCAACAUCUCAUGUCCCCAGGCACACCAGCAUCAACAACCACCACCACGCCCGUCCCGAGGCUUUUCCAGCCCCUGACCAUCCGAGGCACGACCCUCCGCAACCGCAUCCUCGUCGCGCCCAUGUGCCAGUUCUCCACCGCCUCUCACGGCCCAGCAACCGGCGCGCUAACUGACUAUCACAUCGCGACCCUGGGCCACUACGCCUUGAAGGGCGCCGCGCUGGUCAUGGUCGAAGCAACAGGCGUCCAAGCCAACGGGCGCAUAUCGCCCAACUGCCCUGGUCUCUGGAGCGAUGCGCAAAUUCCCGCGUUGCGGAGGAUAAGUGACUUCGUCAAAUCCCAAGGAGCGCUGAGUGCGAUUCAACUAGCGCAUGCGGGAAGGAAGGCGAGUACAUGUGCGCCAUGGGUUGCAGACGCGCAGGGAAUAAGUAAUGGGAAGAGGAAGGUUAGUAUCAGGGCGAGUGAGGCUGCGGGGGGUUGGCCAGGGGACGUUGUUGGGCCGAUGGGAGGCGAGGAGUGGACGUGGGACGAGAAGAAGGUAGACGAUGAGACGGGUGGGUUUUGGGCGCCAAGGGCGCUGAGCGAAGCGGAGAUUGGCGAGCUGGUGCAGGACUGGGCCCGGGCAGCGGAGAGGAGUGUCAAGGCAGGUGUUGACGUUAUCGAGAUCCAUGCGGCGCACGGCUAUCUCAUUCACCAGUUCCUUUCGCCAAUCACGAACCGCAGGACCGACAAGUAUGGUGGCAGCUUUGAAAACAGAACGAGGCUGCUGGUUGAGAUCAUCCAGGCCAUCCGGGCUGUGAUCCCAGAGGCAAUGCCCUUGUACCUCCGCAUCAGCUCCACGGAGUGGAUGGAGGAGACGGAGCUGGCCGAAAAGUUCGGUAGCUGGGAUGUCGAGAGCUCUAUCCGGUUGGCCAAGAUGGUUGCUGGCCUUGGAGUCGAUCUUCUCGAUGUCAGCAGUGGCGGCAAUCAUCCAUCGCAGAAGUUGAAUGCCUUCAACACAAAAGACUAUCAGACACGAAUUGCCUCACGCAUCAGGGAAGAAGUAAAGAAGGAGGGAGGCAAACUGUUCAUUGGAGCUGUUGGUCUAAUCACGGAAGCUGAGCAGGCAAGAGACAUUCUUGAAGAGGGUGGUGCUGUUGCCGAGCAAACAUCAGAUGCGGAGACUGCGAAAGAAGCGCAAGCUGCGCUGGGCAUGACAGAGCCCAAGAACGGCAAAGAGCCUCAGGCCGACGUCAUCUUGGUGGCACGGCAGUUUUUGCGUGAGCCAGAGUGGGUGCUGAGGGUGGCAUGGCAGCUUGGUGUUGAUGUUGCGUGGCCGAAUCAGUUCCGGUUUGUUCGCUUCCCUACAUCGUAG